AUGUCGCAACAAUUGCGGUUUAGCUCCAAUGGGAAUACAGCCGAAGAUUGGCGCAUAUUUGAGCUUCUCUGCGAUACCAACGCCGAAGGCAAGUUCUCACACGUCUUAAACUGUGUACAUUCACAGAUAGAUACUACAUGCGGCAAUACAACGAUUACAGUCGGUGAUCACCAUCAUGGAUUAGAUUUGGUGACUACAUUGCGUAGUGAAUUGGCAGCACUGUCAUAUAAAAGAGAUCGCAUAUCAAGUGAGCUUUCUGAAACUAAGAAUGCACUAUGCGCUAAAGAUAACGAAUGCGAAAAUUUACGUGCGCAGGCUGCCCGUCAAUCCGCCUUGAUAAGCUCCCUACAGAACCGUUUACAGGUGUCUGAAAACCGUGAGCAAACCGUGCAAGCACGUUGUGAUUCGACCAUACAAACAAUACAACGUGAAAAACGUACCUCAGAUGAACGUGGCACCGAGCUGCAAUGUAAAAUACAACAUCUCGAAACUCAUCUGUCGCAGGAGGAAACACAGAAGGAACAUCUUAAAACACAGUUACAUGACUUUCUAAGACGUCUGGCUACCUGUCUUGGCAUGGAUAUAUGUGAGAAUAACCAUUUAUCUACUGAAUGCGUUUUGGCACGCACGGAUGAAGUUAUGACUGAACUGCAACGCACUAAAUCAAAAGUAACCUCUACUUGUGAUACUCUCAGCAGUUGUGAAAAUGAACUAUUAAAUCUGAAAUCAUUGGCUAAUAUAGAGAAACAGCGUUUAAGUGGUCAAUUGGACAGUGCGUCCAAUCACAAUCAUGAGUUGGAAUCACGUUGUCGCCAAUAUGAACGUGACUUGCAAGUACAACGUGAUCGCUUGACUGAAAGCGAGAUUAAUGCUGAGAAAUUGAAAGAGGAACUACGUGGCUUUGAAUCUCGUUGCCAUCGGUUACAAAAUAAUUUAGAUCGUUCCCAAAGCGAUAGAUUACAAUUCCUCAGAUGUCUGGCAACGCAACUGAAUAUACCGGAACCAUGUGAGACACUCAUAAAGGACAAACUGAGAGAAGUACUCAGUGAAAAUCAGGCUAUGCAUGUGCAAGUACACAGUUUGCGCGAUCAACUCUCAAGUGAGCAUGAAAAACUCAAGGAAACUAAGGAGUCGACUCAGUGCCGCUUGCGUACAGAAGAAGCACAAAAAUGUGAACUUGAGGAGCGUAUCGAAAAGUGUCAUGCCGAAAUCCAUACACUACGAAAGGAUCAUUUAGGUUUGUCGGAGUAUUUACAGCGUUUAGCACGUGCGCUUUGUUGGAGUGAGUGUACCGCACCCCCAGCUUUGGGAAUGGAUACAAAUAUUAUGGCCGAGAGUUUGUUGGAACGCGCGGAACGUUUAGCUCAGCUGGAGCAUCAAACGCACGAUGCACAUAUAGGAUCUUCACAUGUACAUCAUCAUCAAAAUCAUCGACACGAACACACACCAGAUAAGGAAUGCUGUGAACAUCAUCAUCAUCAUUCACAUUCACACUCACAUAGUAAAUUACGACGUGAACGUUCAUGUCAUGAUAUACCCUUAAAGGAAAGCAGCAGUGUUUAUAACCUACAGAGACGCGUCAGAAUACUUAGAGAACAGGUACAAAGGCGUGAUCUGCAUUUAGAAUUACUGAGACGUAAGUUGGCUAUAAUAGAAGAUGGCGCACGUGGCAAAUGUGUUCUACAGGGUGAACGUGAUGAGGCAGUGUGUCGUGCCAAAAAGGCCUGCAAGCAAAUUGAUAAAUUGACAGCACAAUUGGUAGAUGCGAAGACGCAAAUUGCCGAUGUUAAAGCGCAAUUAGCUGAAGCUGUGGAAUAUAAGAUCACAUCACUAGAACGUGCUCGUAAGAUUGACGAACUCACUACACAGGUCUGCGAUUUGGAAGAGGAAAAAACACGCUUACUAUCGCAGCUAAGUGUCAUUAAAGAACGUUUGAAGUCUUCUAGUGAAUCUUCUCAGAAUCGACGUUGUCGUGAUGAGACUCUCAUUAAUUCACUGCGUGAAGAUGUCAGUCGUAUGCAAGUACAACUCUCUGAUGCCAAUCAUCGUCUAUCACAGUUGCAAUCCUUUCGCACUUCUGUUGCACGAACGUUACAUUUGCGCGAUUUACCAGAAACGGAUCUCUUACACCGCUUACAAUCACUGUGCUCUGCACAUCAGGAGUUCACUUUGCUUUCUAAACGCUAUGAAACUGCUUCACCAGUGGGUGAUCAUGCCUGUCCACGUUUUGAUGAUCCCGUUCCAUUAUCUAAACAUUGUAGACCACCACGUGAUAUAAGUCCAACAUCAUAUCAUCGUCCUAUUCCACACUCAGCACAAAUACAUUCACAUUCUCACCAUCACUCUACAUUGGAACAUCAUAGACAUCGUAGCAAAAGUCGUGGAGGUACUGAAAAGCGUUUACAUGAUGAGUGUUUCGAGACCGAUGUGCACAGACGAAAUAGACAUCAUUGCAAGGAUGAUGAUUUGCUGGUAACUAAUUGUGAUGAUGAUUACGAUUUCAAAGCGCAGUAUUGCUAAAUUCGAUGUAUCAAAUUAAUAAAUAUUCGAUGUCUAAACUAAA